AUGGCGCCAGUGACUCCUCCGAACCCGCUGCCGCCGGACGAGAAUGUGAACCCGACUCUGUUAGCGAUAUCCGGCGUGCUCAUCUUCUUCGUCAUCUUCACGACGACUCUGCGGCUCUACGUGCGCUUCUCGCUACGGCACCUAGGAUGGGACGACUACUUGAUGGCAAUCACCGCCAGUCUCGGCAUCGUCAGAUACGGCGUUCAGUGUGCGCAAGGCGCGACCGGAAAUGGGAGGCAUAGGUGGUACAUUUCGUCGGAGGAGUACGUCAACAACAACAUGCUGGGAUGGUUCGGGCAGAUUCUCCUCUUCGCCAGCGUCUGUCUGCUCAAGUGCUCGAUUAUGCUGCUGUUGCUGCGCAUCAAGGAUUCUAGCCGGAUGAAGUACUUCCUCUGGACGGUUAUGGGUGGGUUGGUGAUCACCAACUUCGGCGUCAUCAUCAUCCUCCUGGCAGAGUGUGAUCCCGUGGAGGCGUACUGGACCGGAGUGGGGAAGUGCUGGGAUGCGAAGAUCCGGAUUUACGCCAUUUACUUGACGAUUUCUUAUUCUGUUUUGACCGAUUUGCUUUGCUCAUUCCUGCCUCUGGCGGUCGUCUGGCAAGUCCGAAUUCCCUUGACAACGAAGAUUUCAGUUGGCGGACUGAUGAGUCUUGGACUGAUUGCGACCGGUUUUGGCAUCGCGAGAGCCGCUUCUCUUGGUCUCGUCACCAACGACCUCAGUUCAAUCUGGUCAAAUCUCGAACUUUACCUCGGCAUCAUUGCCGGAAACCUCGCACUGUCGCGUUCAAUCUUCUUCUAUUUCUUCGGCGAAAAGCCGCCGCAAUCUCACCCUUCAGGAUAUGCCAGCAACUCGUACGCGAACUCCCAAACAAGGUCCGCGUACCUCAACAGCAGGUUACGCGGCGACAACGCCGGUCCUGGUGGGACCGACACAUACAUCCGCUCCGAACGACGCCCAUCCGUGAAAAGCGACCACAGCGAGAUACCGUUGGAACCCGGCAUCCAAAAGAGGACAGAGUUCUGGGUUUCUGAAGAAGACGUUGAGAGCGAAGCAUCUGCAGCAAGAGCAGGAAAGCAGUCACCAUUAUGA